CAUCUAUGUGGUCAUGAUCGCAUGCAUCCCAACAUUGCUCAUUGAUAGUAUGAUCAUGUUCAAGCUAUCCUCUCACAUUUGCAUUGAUUCCUUGAGAUAUUGACUCGUUCCUACUAUAUCUUUCCCAAGCGUCUCGGAGAGUCUUAUCAUCUUGCUAAGCAAAGUGUUUGAUGGUGGGAAGUAUCUAGCCAUGAACUUCCCCAUGAGAUCAUCCCAAGAAGUUAUGGACAAAGGAGCUUGGUUGUUAAGCCAUAGUCUUGCUCUUCCACUCAAUGAAUAUGGAAACAAUCUUAGGCGAAGCGCCUCUUGAGAUACCCUGUUCAUCUUAAUCCCAUCUGUGAAUUCCAAGAACCGAUUGAUGUGGUCUCUUAGAGCCCCAUGGUUGAGUCCUUGGGAUAGGGGGUCGUUUGCUCGAGUCAUUUGGUGGUGGUGGUGGGGGGGGGGGGGGGGGGAAUGCAUGAGUCAUUUCGUUCAGACAAAAGUCUCAAAUGACUCUAUUUAGUCAUUUCCAAAUGACUAAUUAUUUAGCCAAAAAAUUUCAAUUAUAUCAUUGCCACUUUUUCAUACUCACACUUCUAUCCUUCUGUUUUUAUCAUUUGUUUAAUUGUUUCCCUAAUCACUACCUUGUCGCCACCCGUAAUUUUUUUCUCCCAAAUUUCACAAGCGACUUAUAACACCAAAAUGGUGUUAUUUACCUUGCCCUUAUUAGGUGAAAUUGUGUUAAAAUGAUCUCCAAUUGUUUUACAAAAUGUCAUUUACAUGCCCAUUUCGUUACUUUUCGUUUAUGAUGUUGUUUUGGGAUGGACAAGAAUGUGUAGCAGUAGAACCAAGCAGAAGGACCAAACAGGGCAAAGAUCGCAGCCGAAGGACCCAAGUUCCCGACCUGAAGAUAGAUCGCGAACCUGCCAGCAGAUCGCAGGCCAAGGCCAGAAGACCGCGGCUGCGAAGUCGAGCACGCUGACCGCAAACUCUGGAAAUGGACGUCGUUGGGAGAAUAGAGAGUUUCCCCACUCUCUUCGUGAGCAGCGUAGUUUUUUUCCAAGGAAAAAGAUAACGCCCACGACGCGGUGGUUCGCGGUCGCGAUUUCCCUUCUUCAGAACGCGAACUUGCCCGAGAUUUCCAGCCCCUAUAAAUAGAAGAGCUGCUGGAGUGAAAAAGGAGAGCCGUCUUGGGGUGACAAAAUUAGGAUUUUGGAGUGCUUUAGAGAGAAACACCUUGGGAGAGGUUCAUUGAAGAUCCAUGAAACCCAAGGAGCAAGGAGAAGAAGCUUGAUUCCAUCAUUCCCCUGUUCUAGUUUGUAUUUUCUUCUUCUCUCUAAUGACUUGAAUCUCUAGUGGGUGUUUAGGGUAGAUGAACCAUAAUUAUAGGUUGUGAAUGUUUGGAUUUUGAAUGAAUGAAUGUGUUUGUCUAGUUUAUUUUAAUGCCACUCCUUCCUAAUGACGAUGCUUGGGUAAGUCACACUAAUCUUCCCUCUUAGCCUACUUUAUGCUACCACGCUGGGUAUGGAGUUAUAGGGUUAGACGGGUAUGUGUCAUCUGGCGAGUUUAGAUUAGAUGUGUGAAUGGGGGCCUAUAGUGGUCGAGGCGACCAAACCCCUGCUAUAGGUAGCCUUCCUAGAUGAAACCUCGGUAUGGAUGGUGGAUAGUGUCCAUUGAAAUGAGCCAUAAGCUAAAUGCCCCAGAUAUGAUAGCCUAGAUCUUGACUGGAACAUGGGUUUAGGGGAGGCUUACUCGGAGGCGUGUGGAUAACCACAAAAGCCAUGGAAAAGAGCUCACUCACCACAUUCGAUUAACCCUACUUUACAACCUUAGCUAGGAGGAUUCGACCCUAGGCAACCAUCUCUCUCUAGCGUCCUCCCAACCACUUGGUUGGUUGUUUGUUUUGCCUUAGGAGUAGGUUAAUUUAGCUAAAACCCCUCACCAAACUUCCACCCCGAUUAGAUAGUAGUUCGAAGCGAAGUAUAAUACACUUAAGGAUCCCUUGGAAUACGAUCGAGCCACUUUACUACAACCCUAGAUAUGUUAUACUUGGCUUAGUUAGGAUUGAUUGGAGAGUGUGUUUCGACUUUAUAAAUUUAAAGCUCGAUCGAGCACCGGAGCACGAUCAGUGACGAAGAGUGUCAUUCAUCUCGUCUCCAUCAAGAUUUCUUCACUUAAUCUAGUUGUGUCACUAUAGCUUUCUUCUUCAUUUGUUAGCAAACAACGUUACCAAACUAGAUCGAAACCUUUCUCUCAUCGAUCAUCUACUUAGCAACACAUUUGUUUCCUUUCACAAACAUCACCAUUUGCAUAGCAUUCACCAUGACUAUUUGUAAAUAGCCCGAAUUUGAGACUUCUGAAGCCGUUAUAUUUUAUAAAAAAUCAUUAUUCUGUUAUUAUUUAAAAUUAUAAAUGUAGUAUUAUAUAUGGCUUGUAAUAAUAUGUUUUUUGGUUGAAAAUGUUUAUGGUUACCCGAUUGGUUUUAUUAGGAUCGGUGUUGUCAAAACCGAACCGGACAUCGAUCCGGAUAUACGAGAGGUUUAAGAGUUAUCGGAUAACCGUUGAUUAACCAGUAUUAAAAACCGGACAUAAACCGGAACUAACCUACUUGGUGGAGCUAGUAAUGCAAAGUCAAAAUUGAUUAUUGUCUAUUUUUUUCUCAGUUUAUGAUAAUAUCUCAAAAUUAAAAUUGGAAACAUAGGUGGCAGCUAGGCAGGAGAAAUAUAAUGUGAUGAUUUCUUUUUCCCAUUGAUUUAGUUACUUUUUUUAACUUUUUAAUUGAAGGAAGCAUUAACUAGGCGGCGGUCUUUCUUUUCCAUUGAAAAAGUAAACAAAAAAAUGAACU